AUGGAAGCGGCUCCCGGCUCCGAGCCAUGCGCCGAGCCCUGCGCCGAGCCAUGUGCCGCCGAAGGGACGGUACCGGCGCGUCCACGGAGGGCUUGUUGCGAGGGCUGUCAAAGGCCUGCCAAGCUGUGUCUUUGUGACGUGCUGCCACCAGAGCCUGUGCAGACGCGCACCCGUGUGGUGAUUUUGGUGCAUCCCAAGGAAGUUCGUCGAAAACUGGGCACCCUGCCGCUGCUGAGGCUUUGUUUGCAAGACAUCAUCAUCAAAGAAGGCGAUCGCUUCCCGGAGCCCGAGGAGGACCCGGAGCUGCAUCGCCUCAUCGCGGACGGUGUCCAUCAGCCCAUGUUUCUGUGCCCCGGACCUGAUGCAGUCGAGCUCGGGACUGAGGAGGGGCUGCAUCCCCGACCUCCGGGCGACACGCCCGCCGCGCCGGCGUCACUGAUCUUUAUCGAUGGGACGUGGCGGCAGGCCAAGUCCAUGGUGGCGCGCUCGCCUUGGCUGCUGCAAAAUGUGCCCAGGGCAGUCAUCAGGCCCUCAACGAACAGCGGCUAUCGCUUCCGCAAGCAACCGGAACAGGGUUGCCUGUCCACUUUGGAAGCCGUGGCCGAGGCGUUGCUGGCCUUGGAAGGAGAUCGUGGCCCGAAGCUGAAGGAACUCUUGCUGCAGCCGUUCGGACGAAUGGUGGAGCUACAGAUGGCCUUCAUCGGAGACCAGGAUGAGAACAUCCCUGAAGAGCAGACCACCACCAAGUUCGACCGUGAGGCAGCGCUUUUGGAUUUGCAGCAAACAAUGGAGGCAGAGGAUGGCUCAGCGGAGCCCAAAGAGAUCUUCUGCAUCCUGCGCUGGGGCCAGCGCGCGGUGCCCGAAAGGCCCGUCAUCGUCGUGGAGCUCUUCGCCGGCAGCGGCGAGGCGGCGAAGCUGCGGGCGCAGGAGUGCUCCGAGGGCCGCCCGCGCGGCCUCCGCUGCUGGGCGCGGCAGCUGGAGGAUGUGCCGCCCGGCGCGCUCUGGGAGGCACCACCUGCGGCGAUGAUGCGAAAGGCUGAUGAUGGUUGA